AUGUCUGAACGUUCGGAAAUGGAACAUGCGGUGGGUAGAGUUGGUGCUGGAACUAUCCCUUUGUCAAUCCUUAUUGAAUUCAUUUCACAGAAAGUUUACACAGAUCUUAUGCGUCUUAUUGAUUUAUUGCCCAGCAAAACAGAUCUUGAAAAGAAGAUAGAAAUCGCUACAUUUUUUAGCCGUACCCAACAUCUUUUUAUAAGGCUUGAAGCUCUAGUUAAGUGGUCAAACAGUGCUUCAAAGGUUGACAAAUGUGAGAAAAUUUCAAACUUUUUAGAAGAGCAAAGUUUCUUCUUGAUAAGUACUGCAAAUGCCCUCUCCAGGCUUCUUAGAGAGACAUUAGUCAGUGCGAGGUUACCACCGUUUUCUGUGCUUCUUGCGAUUGAUAUUUUUACAAAUAAAGGAUAUACUCGUCUCCCGAAAUCCAUAAAAAACUCUGCUUUUGUUGCUGAAUAUGUCACUGAACAAGAAAAGAAGCAAGCACUCAUCGAUCUGAACUGUAUAAUCCAAAAUCGCCUUAGCCUUACUCAGUUGCCGCAUCAAUUCCGGACAAUCAAAAUAGCUGAUGGACGCGCACAGUUUGUCGUCCAGAAUGAAUUCUCUGUUACUGUGACACUCAUGUCUGAAGCGCUUGACUUCCCAUGGCGAAUUCUAGAUCUCAAAUUCUUACUUAAAGACCCAUCGAUGAACUACCAAAAUCUUGUUCACCCGGCACAAACAAGACUUAUAAUUAACCAAGCCCAAUCACGUUUACUCUACCGACAGUUUGAUAAACGUCCACCUCUUGUUCAUCUUUAUGAUAUGUUGCAUGCUUUUAGCUUAUCACUUCAAUUGGAUAUGUUACAUGAACAAGCUCAACGAGCACGUUCAAAACGACCACCAGAUCAACUUACAAUCGAAGCUUAUAGACCUAGUAGAUGUUUAUCAAUUUCUUAUUGGCAUGGUUUGGCCAGAACUCAAUAUAAUUCAGUUAUGGCUUUAGAUGGAAAGCUACAUCCCACAGCCUACUUACUUACCAUUCAUGUUGAUGCAACCGAACCUCAGAGACCACUGUGUGUCAGUCAUCGCCCUGAGCUUACUACUUCGAAAUCUCAACUAGUUGGAGCAACAGUACAAGGAGAUUGUUUAUCUAUUGAAACUCUGUUGACUAGAACUAUGGUAGCUAGAGCUGAACAAAUGCUGCAGGAUCUGAGACAAGAGCUACUGAUUCUCAGCCCUGGACCUGUACGUCUAGCUGAUGCUCCAUUAUGUUUGUAUGUUCCACUCUUAUGGCCUUGUGGUUCACAUGAAUUAUUACAAGUACGCAUAGACCCUGUACAAGGUUUUGUAUGCACUUCAUUCCCGUUACUUACUUCACUUGAUACUGAGUUUGGUUCUACUGGGUCAGCUGUUGUUAAUGUUAGUUUUGGUCCUACAGGGAUAUCUGAAAAUUUCUCUCGUUCCAGUGUAAUUAAUACACUUGCUUCACUUGAGUCUGCCUUUAAUCAAGCAUCUUGUCAUCGUGUUCGUCUUGUGUCUGCUACCGGGACGCUUGUUCAACCUCAUGAAAGUGAUCGUAUCUGUUCAAUCCAAUCCCGAAGUUUGCGUAAUCUUUCCCACGGGGAUGCUCGAUGGCGUUCUGUGAUUUGUGAGUGCUUGGAACAUUUACGAUUGUGCUUGGGUUUGGCCAGAUUAAUGCAGACAGCAAAAAUACAUCGACCAUUUUGGCAACCGUUUAAACGUCACCUUCCUUUAAUAUUGUCUCCUGCACAAGUUGAGUUAUCAAAUUCAUGGUCUGAAAAUCUAGUACGCUUGCAGCAGUCAUAUCGUUGGCCUAUUUUAUUUGCUCAGCUGUUUCCAAAUAAUGAAUACUAUAUAGCAUGUGAAGUUAUUUCUACCCCUCUGAAUGUAGAUUAUAAAUAUUACUUAAUUGUUUGCAGUGCCCUUCCAGAACAUACGAAUGUCACUACAAAUUUACAAGGCGUACUUGUUUUUAAUUCUGAAAUAAAUCCCGCCUCUGGACAUGUUAAUGAAACUGGAUUGUUUCUUCAAGUGACUCACUUCACAUCGCUCAUAGCUGAUACUGUUUGGUCGAAUAAUCCAUCAACAACGCUGGAACAAUUAUGUGCUUGUAUUAAAAAAGCUCAAUCUACAAUAGUUAAUCAACGUUCAACACGUUUAAAUGAAUUAUUAAAUAAAAUAAAAUUAUCGAAUGCACUAGACAAUAAAUCAUUUUAUAAUGAUGAUGUUGUUACGCACAAAUCAGUGAGUUUACUUGAACCUCAAACUACCGUACCAACAUUAGCUCGGUUAAUUGGUACUUUAGAAGAGAAUAUACUUACUAAUUAUUUAAUGGUUGAACUUUCAUGUGCGGGCAUAGAACAUAACGGAAUGCGUUAUGAUGGUGCAGGUUGUUUAUCUGCAAUUACAAUUACCAGUAUACCAUUCAAUCCACCAAGUUGGUAUUCAUCUGAUAUUAUUCCUCUGAUGGAUUUCGUUCAUGAGAUGAUACUUCGACCACAUUUCGAUCCGUUUACACAUCGUCGAAGUUGGCAAUUAGAUAUUGUCUUCACUGGUAUUGUAGCUCCUCUAAACGGGAUUCAUCAAGUGUCUUCAACUUAUUUACGUCAUCAAACUGCUGAAUGGACUGUUUCAAGAUUAGAACAUUUCAAUAUUGUUGUACAAAAUAUACUAGUAGAAUGGGAAAAUUUAUGUUCAAUGCAUGCUUUAUGUUAUCAUGUUAUCACUAAUCCUGAUACUUAUCUUCCCAAAGGUGUACAAGUUUACUCAUACAAUCUUCGAUCAAUAUCACUGGUUUAUGGAACUUACUACUUAGCUGAUAUCUCCAAUCCAACUGGACUUAAAUUUAUAUUGGCUUUGGGUUUUCGACCAAUAUCAUUGAGUAGUAGUAGUAGUAGUAGUAGUACAACGAAACCAUUAAACUCUGAUGAUAUCACUACGAAUACUGUAAUAAAUGUUGAUUUUAAUCCACAUAUGAUUAUUAGACAACAUUUGGAAGAAUUGUUAAAUGCCAGGAAAUCGAUUUGUACUUUAGCUACAACACUAUUGAAUACUUUGGAAUUCUUUCAAUGUAUGGAACCACUUAGAGAUCAAAUUUUAUCAUACAAUGGUCUUAAAGUUACAUCUUUGUAUAAUAAUUAUAUACAACCUGUAUGUGGUAUGCUAUUGAUCGCAUUAUCCCCCUAUGAUCUUAUUCUAAUUUAUCGUGCUUCAUUAAGUCUACGAAUCACACUGGAUAUUGUACAACAGUCAGUGUUGUCGUCUACAAUCAUAUCAUCAUCAUCAUUAUCUAGCGAUCACAAUCCUAAUAAUACGCCGAAAACAAUAAAAUCUAUUCAAUUAAUCGAUGCCUACAAUCAAUUAGCCACUGGGCAAAAACUCUUUCCACCUAUUGUCAAUACAGAUGGAUGGAAUAGUAGUCAAUUGACGAAUGAUAAAGCUUUAUGUAAUUUAGCUCCAUUACCUGCUUUUUCGAAAUUUUUAAGAUCGUUGCAAGAAUUAUUUCGUAUAAAUUCAGAUGAAAAACUGGUCAAGUUAACACUUAGUCAAUUCGCCCAGUUAACAAGAUCAACUUUUAGUGAAUUCGAAUCUGGUGUCAUAUCAUCGAAAGCAUCCUCUGUAACAAAUUGUUGUCGUCGUACUAAUCUCGGUCUAACAUUGCUUGAAUCUUAUCUAUCAACAAGUUUAUUAUUUCAUGCUGCUAUUUUGGCUGCACAAAGUUUAGACGUGCCAAUUCACCAUGUUCAUAAUGAAAUCUAUGAACAACCACAACAACAACAAACUGAUGAACAACAACGAAUUAAAAAUCAACAAGAUUUACUUGAAAAUGCAAAGUUUGUUUGUAUUUGGCCAGUGAGUCAAACAACCGUACAAUUGUCCAUGUUAUGCCAACCAACUGCUUGUGAUGGAAUCGAACCAUUCUGGUGGAGGUUGAAACUUCAACUCAAUCAAAGUGUCAAUUCAUGUGAUCGUUGGCCACCUGAAACGCUGAAUGUUUUUGAAGAAUUCUUCGAGAAAAGAGUUUGUUCUUUCCCAUUUCAACCAAGUGCUGUGACUGCAUUCUUCCGAUUAUUAUUACUUCCUCCACAUGCAUUACGUGCAAUGGGUCGUGUUCUAGCGUUUGAUUUACAUUCACCUGCUCAAGCUCCAGUUUAUGUACGUAUUGGUUUAAUUGGAAUGGGUGUAAAUUCACGUGUUACUGCUAUCAAUAGUAGUAAUAAUAAUUCGCUAACAAAUCAACCGGCAAAUACAGCUGCUUCUGGUGCUGCACAAAAUCUGCUUACAUUUGAUACUGGUUCUGAUUUACAGCCUGGUAUGCCUGGUAUUAUUGUUCGUCCAUCGAAAAUCACAUUGCAAUUGUUAAUUAUGCGAUCACAUUCACGACAUUUGCCUAAAAGUCUUAUACCAUUAGCCCAACUAGUUGUUGUCGGCUAUGAUUGGGACGCAAAUUACGUUGUCAUCUAUCCAACUGCCAGUCAUCAAUCAUCACAAAAUGUCACACCGAAUAGUAGAAAUCAAUCGGACACGACUGGUUUAAAUCUUCUCCGAUUAUUACACGAUACCGAUGUGGAAUCGAAAGCCAACGCUAUGGCAGCUAGUAGUAAUGAUUCCGCAUUAGUUCAAAUUGUUCUACUCAUCACACAGACUGUUGCUGCAUCAUAUCCAAUCAGUUCAGCUGGUUCUGCUUCAAUGAAUUCCAGUCUUAGUGGAUUCGUUUACCUGUCAAAUGGGCAGAAAUCAUGUCCUGCAGUUAAUUAUAUCACUCCUACGGAAGCCAGUACCGAGGGCGGUUCAGCAAUUAUGAUUUUUGGAUGUGGAUUUGAACAAAGUGCAUUUGUAUUGCCUGGAUCAAAUUCUAAUUCUGGAAAUCGAGUAUUUCUUAGAAAUGCAUGGCAAACAUAUACAACGGAAUUAAUUGAAGAGGGCGGAAAUAUGAUUAAAUUCUCUUCACCAAAGGUUCCAGAAGAUAGUUAUAAAAUUAUGGUCUCAGUUUCUGGAAUUAUGAUACCAAGCGAAAGAAUGUGUCUUGGAUAUGAAUGCACUUUAACAAUUAAAUCAUCAGUAACUCCCACCAUUGAGAAAGUAUCGCCUAUCUAUGCACCACCAGGCUCAAUUAUUGGUUUGAAUGGAACCAUCUUCACUAGUCGAUUUAGUUCAAAUUUAGAUGUCUUCACAGUUGGCAGACCACAAAGUAUUAUCAGAAUAUACGAUGGUCCAGGAAAUUGUGAACCACAACUACCGAACAGUGAUUUAUACUACGGGAUUGGACUACUUUCUCCUACAUCAGACAAAGGUUAUAUUAUGUGUAAAAGAAGUGUACUACAAACAGGUUCCGUGAAUAUCAGUUUCCUAGUUGAUGCACCAUAUGGAAGGAGUAAAACUUUGGAAUCAGUUUAUCGAGUUGACAGAAAUGAACAGACUUUUAUGCAUCAAUCUUAUUCAGUUAUCAACGAGGUUACAUCCAUUCAAACAUCAUCGUCUGGUGGUGGCUCAAUUGAAAUUACAGGCGAAUAUUUAAAUCCUCAAAAUGAUGUCACCAUCUCAGUAGGCUUUACAAAAUGUUCACCAACAUUGAUGAAUUCAACAUACAUUCAUUGCAUUCUUGAUCACAUUGAACAAACGCCCAAACCUGAAGUUUAUCCAGGAAAUCGUGGAUUGACUGUACAAUUUUGGUCAAAUUUGAAAGCAUCCAAUGUCAAUGACUUAUUGAAAUUAAAUUUUGAUGAAAUUUCAAAUACAACUGCAGAAGAAACAUAUCUUUACGAACCAGAAUUUAUACCAAAAGAUUUAUUUAAUGGAACAGGAAUCAUUCGCCUUUCAAUGAUAUUUGUACCUCUGAAAAACUCCUAUUAUCAAUUCCUAAUUAGUUCAGUCAAUAUUUAUACUCUGCUCGGAGGAAAACUGAACGAAACCUUGACCCAAAUGAAUGUAAUAAACAGUCGCACUGCACCGAUUUACUUAAAGAAAAAUGAAGAUUUCCAACUUGAACUUCGUAGUACAGUGUCUCAACCAACAGCUGUGAUACGUAUAUGUGCUUCUUUAUCAAAUACCAGUUUAAAUUAUCAACAACUCAAAGCUUCCAAGCCAACAUCUUAUUUGAUAUCGAUUAAAUCCAAGGAUAAUACAGAGAAGCAAGUUAUAGAUCAUUCAGGUCUGGUGAACUCUUCAAUUACACCGAUUGCUGAAAUUCAAACAAUCAGUAUACCAGUAACUGCUACACAGUAUAAACUGUGCUUAUUUGAUUCGUGUACAGUGCCUUUACCAGUUCAGAAUCCAAAUGUUGAUUUGAUCAAUUCAGAGAUGAGUGAAAAAUUCAAUGGUUCUUCUGUGAAAACAAAAAUCAUACAAACAACUAAUGAUUAUCUGGUUCUUGAAAUAACUUUUCCGCAAGAAUAUGGUGAUUUACCACUUCUGAAAGCCUAUAGCUUUCCAGAAACAAUCAAUAAACCACAAGUUAACGAAACUGUCCAAGGAAUGACAGGAUUUUCAAAUACAAUUAGACCAUCGUAUGGUGGUAUGUACUCAUAUAUGACCUAUACACUGGCCAGUACUGAAAGCGAAAUUCGAUUGGCAUAUCUUAAUCUUGGUUCAUCAUGGUGUCCUUCUAAGUUGAUUAAUCCUACAUUUAAAUUUGCUGUUCUUGAUGAUUUUGAAACAUCAACACUCAGCACUGUAACCACAGAAACAAUUGCAUUUUGCGGUCGACAAUCUGUUUUAAAUUUGUUUACAUAUACGUUUUCUCAACUUAUUGCAGUUAACACUAAUCCUCAUUUAUGUUUUGCAAUAAAAGGAAAGACAAAAGACAGUAUAAGUCUUCUGUACAAUGCAAUUGGUGUAACAUCUCGUUUAUUGAAACAAACACUAACUUACUCCAUUGAUCUAACGGGAAAAGAUGAAAAUUCCUGGAAAUUCAAAUGUAUCAAUGUACUGCAAUUACUUCGUGCAGAUCCACGUAAUGUAAAUGCAACAAUUUUUCAACUUGAAUCUUUCACUAUACCACCAAGAAAGAAAUUUUACGAACUGGAAUACUCAUUAAGCUUAGAUACUGUAUUUAUGGGCACAAAACCGAUUUCCGAUAAUCCAGACGAUGUCGUUACAUGGCCACGAUUUCCAAAAGACAUAUUCAGUGAUAUUAAAAUAACAAAGAAUUCUUCAACAGUUGGUGUAUUAACAGUUGAAAUAAUCACAAAAUCUUGUAGAAGUAAUUUUGAUCUGUUUGGUUUAGCUGGUGUCAAUAUGCCAAAUGACAAUAAAACGCUUGAUCAAACAGUAAACCUUCGCGAUAACAGAUGGCCAACAGUAAUUCAAAGUUCAGUAACACGAAUUCAAUCAGCUUCACCCCCUAUCGACGGGAAUUUCAUUUUAUCAUUUAAAGGAGCACCUACUUCACGUAUUCCAGCUAAGUUUAUAGAGCCAAGUGUUAUUGAAAGACAGUUAAAUUUACAUCCUUUAAUGGGUGCUGUACGUGUUUGUCGAUUUGGAUGGUGUAGAAGUUUCCAGUAUAACUUUUGGCUUGAUAGUUUACCUGGUGAUCAACCUGAAAUAUCAGUGAUGAAUGAAACAAGACUAAUCGGCGAUUCACCGCAGAUUACUGUACAAAAGAAUGCUAUUGGUGAAUUAAUUAUGUGUCCGAUAUCCGGGGAUAUGGUUGCAACAAAACAUUCUCUGCCACAGGUUAGAUUAUACGUUGAUAAUUUACCGGCUUAUUGUGAAUCGUCAUGUGAUCAUCAAUUUGUUGAUAUAUUAACUCCUGUCGUAACCAAUUCAACAGUACAAAUAAGUACGACACAAAUUAUUAUAAAUGGUCUUCGAUUCACUCCGACUAUGAUGAUUUUCAUUGGUGGUGUUAGAGUAGAAAAUUUCACAUUUAUCAAUUCAACACAAAUAAUCAUAUUGGCACCUGCACAAAAAGUAAAUGGUGAAAAAUCAAUUUCAUUAUUUGGUGCAACUAAUGUUUUAAUCGAUUCUGGUUUUUCAGUGACUUACAAAUUUGAAAUAGCUGACAUAAAACCACAAAUUGGCAGUUUUGUUGGUGGACAAGUUGUGAACAUAGUCGGUGACGGUUUUGAUAAUGAUGUGAAGGUUUUUAUGAAACCAGUUACUGUAGCAAAUCAAUUAUGUAAUGAUCGACCUCGUGCUGAAUGUGAAAUACUGUCUAAAAGUUCAAAAAUGAUACAAUGCAAAACAACACCCAUGGUUAAAACUCAUUAUGUUUUAGAUAGUGGAACUGAUCCGGUACGUGGUCUAGGCUAUGAAUGGCAACCGAAAGCUUUGACAAUAAUUCAAGGUGAUAGUGUAGUAUGGAUAUGGAAUACAACUACUCGUAUCAAUCCUUUAAUGAUAGCUGAAAUCUAUGGUCCUGAAGAUAUUACUCUAUCUGAGUUUGGAUUUCAUAGUGGUCAACCGACAAAAAAUGGUGUAUACAGAUUCAAUUUCACACAACCUGGUACCUAUUAUUAUACAUCAUCUACUACAUUUUUAAUGAUGGGCAUUAUAGAAGUGAAAGCAUUUGAUGAUUGUAUCACUGAAAUUAUAGUGGAAACAGAUUAUUCAACAGCUGUUCACAGCGAUGUUCCAGCUACUUUAUACUGGGAUUCAUUGACAACUUGUGAAGGUGGUAUCAAUUGUGACAUCUUAACAAAACCAUCUGAAUUACUUACAAAGCAUGGAUUUGUUUAUCGAGGUUGUGCAACACCAAUUGUCUCUUCAUUCAGUCCUUUUAAUGUUUAUGCUGAUAGUGUGAUUUCAAUUAAUUCACCAAUAUUAGCUAAUUGUAUGAAUCAAUUGAACAUAAAUAUUGCUGGUGCAUAUUGUACAUUAACUAAUCAAGAUAAUAUUCCUGAUUCCGGAACUGUUGAAUGUAAUUUAACCGAGGAACAAGUUGUUUCAGCUGGUCUAUUAACUGGACAACCAUUAAGACCAUGUAUUUCACACGUAGAUCUUGGAUAUGCUCUAUUAGAAGUUUCAACUAAUGAAUUUGAACAGUAUGCAUUUUUUUGGCCUAGUGUUAAUUGUAACAAAACAUAUGGUAGAGGAAGUAUUUAUGGAGGUGGACAGUUGACUGUCUAUGGUUCUGGAUUUGAUUCUAUUUAUAAAGAUUACAAUAAAAUUACCUUUAACAAUGGAAAAAUCUGUAAUAUCAUAGAAGUGACAUCAGGUUUUGUACGAUGUCUAGUACCUCCACCGGAAAGUACAACAAUCGAGUCCAGUUUGAAUAUGACUAUACAAGUUCAAACAAAAUCACGAAAUCAAAAUGAUUGGAUUGAUUCACAGCAUAACAUGAUGCAUCAUGAGAAUUGUAUUUAUUCGUAUGAUAUAACAGCAACACCGAUUGUCAAAAGUAUUGAACCUCGUGAAAUCAAUGCUAGUAAUCAAACUCUCUUAAUUAAUGGUAAUAAUUUAUUAUUUUCAAAUGAAAAUUCUUCCAAUCUACAAAUUCAACUUGAUGGCAUUCCUUGUAUUGUUGAUGAUAAAUUAACUGCUAUGAAUACAUUAUCAUGUCGAAUCGACGGUUCAUUGCCUGCCGGUUAUGUAACAUUAACAUUAUUCCAUGAACUACGUGGUACAGCAAAAUAUGAAACGAAUACAACAUUAAAAAGUCAAAUGUCUUUCACUACAAUCGAACCAUUAGAAGGUAGUUUCGCUGGUGGUACCAUUGUCAAACUAACUGGCAAUGGUUUAAAUGAUCCAACAUUGAAAAUAUUUUUCAAUUCAAAAGAAUGUGAAAUUAUCAGUGAGACUAGAACUAUUGAUCAAAUUUAUUGUCGUACACCGGAACAGAGAAAUUAUUCCAAUUUAGAAACGUAUAAAGUCCCAAUCAAUUUAUCGAAUACACCGUCAAUUUUAAAUGAAUUCACAUAUGUCAGCACGAAAACACCGAAAGUAACCAACUUCACAUUGAGUCCAAUUUAUGCCGAAGAGACAUUUCUCACUCAGCUACGUAUAUAUGGGACUAUGCUUGAUGGAGGCGAUAUAACACAAACUCAACUUACUGAAAUUAAAUUAAAUCAAACAUUAUGCAUUGCAGAAAUUAUUCAAAGUGAUUAUAUUCAAUGUUGUGUCAAGAAUUUACCUAGUGGAAUGUAUCAAUUGAUAGUUGAUACACCGAUUUACGGUUAUGCCUUGGCAAACGAUAAUGUCAAUAUUAAUUUUACUUUAGAUUCAAUCACUCCUAAUACAGGUGGCACAGAAGGAGGCCAACUGGUAGUGAUUGAAGGCAGUGGAAUGAAUGUUGAAAAAACUAUUAUCACAAUUUGUGAUCAAAUAUGUUCAACAGUUGGUGGGAGUUCACUAGCUCUUAAAUGUAUCACGCCUAAAUUAUUUACAACAAACACAAAGCUGUGUAAUGUUACAGUAGUUGUUCCUACCACUGGUAAUAUAUUACAGAAAACAUUAAUCGACGCAUUCACAUAUGAUGCAAAUCUUUCUCCGAGAAUAAUCAGUGUAGCACCAUUAAUUGGAGGCACCGGUGGAGGUACAGAUCUUACCAUAAUUGGCACUUUGUUUGAUGACUCAACUACAGUCAGUGUCGGUGGUAUUGAUUGUCAACUAAUAUCACUGAAUGAUACUGUCAUCAUAUGCCGAACUGGCGAACAUAAUGGGACCGCAAAAGUUCCAAUUGUAGUAACUGUGAAAAAUAAUGGCAAAGCAUCUGGAAAUUUCCUAUUUUACUAUGUGGAUCGUUGGUCAAGUCCAUUCACUUGGAAUAAUCAACCAAUUCCUGUAGAAAAUGAUUUUGUUGUCAUUAAUGCAAAUCAAAGUAUCAUGUUAGAUAUGGAUACACCGAUUCUAUCAAUGUUACUUAUCAAUGGUGGUACAUUGUUCUUUGAUCCAACAAAAAAUAUACAAUUAAAUUCAAAAUAUAUAUUAAUAUUAAACAAUGGAAAAUUUCUUAUUGGAUCACCAGAAGAACCCUACACUAAACAGGCUACAAUUAGACUACAUGGACAUGUACGAGAAAAAGAACUACCAUUAUACGGAGCUAAAGUUUUGGCAUUACGUAAUGGUACAAUCAGCAUACACGGUAAACCUAGAGUUGUUACAUGGACACGAUUAACAAAAACAGCUGAAGCUGGCACUAAUACACUAACACUAGAACAUCCAGUUGACUGGCAACCUGGAGAGCAUAUUAUUAUUACAUCUACUGGAGGAAAAUCAUCGCAUAAUGAAUCUGAAGAACAUGUAAUCCAAGAAAUUUCAUCCGACAAUCGUACAAUUACACUGGUUGGACAAUUAGCUUACAAAAAAUUAUCCGUGAAAAAAACUUAUUCAAAUGGUGUCACUGGAAAUUUCGCUGCUGAAGUUGGUCUAUUAAGCAGAAAUAUUCUGAUACGUGGAACGGAAGAACCAGUUGUCUCGUCAAGUGUACCAAAAUGUCCAAGUUCUUUCAGUACAAAUCAAUUCGCAACUCAUACAUGUAUUAUCGGGAGUCCAAAUGAACAACUAGGUGCAAAUGAAUAUGGUGGACAUGUACAUAUUGGUGGUCCAUUUGUUGAUAGUGGUGCAGUGAAAGUUUAUAUAUCGUAUACAGAAUUUUAUUUUAUGGGUCAAGCUUAUCGUCUGGGUCGUUAUCCUAUACAUUUUCAUUUGAAUGGUUUGAUGAAUGGUUCUUAUGUACGCGGUUGUUCAAUACAUAAAGGUUUCAAUCGUGCCAUCAAUGUACAUAAUACACAUGAAGUCCUGAUAGAAAAUAAUGUAGUUUAUGACAUUAUGGGCGGUGCAUUUUUCUUAGAAGAUGGUAUUGAACAUGGCAAUUUAAUUCAGUAUAAUCUGUUUGUACACGUUAAACGUACUAGUAGCCUGUUGAAUGAUGAUGUUGUACCAGCGGCAUUUUGGAUUACACAACCAAAUAACACUAUACAACAUAAUGUUGCUGCAAGUGGAACACAUUUUGGAUUUUGGUAUCGUAUGCUAGAAAAUCCAAGUGGACCAUCAACCACUACAACAGUUUGUCCACGUAAAAUUCCAUUAGGAAUAUUUGAAAAUAACACGGUUCACAGUCAAGGUUGGUUUGCACUAUGGAUUCAUGAAAGUUUUUUCCCAACAAAAACUGGAACAUGCGGAACAACAAAAUGGGACAAGGCUGUAUUUCGUAAACUUACAGCUUGGAAUAAUAAUAAAGGACCAGAAUGUGUCAACUGUGGCAGUGUACAAUUUGAAGAUAUGUUAUUAGUGAAUAAUGAUGAGGCAGCAAUUGAAGGCAAACGUCUUAUGAAUGGAAAUUUAUAUGAUCCAACAAUUGGUCCUUUGUAUAAAAACAGUACAAUUAUUGCCUAUGAACCUGAUCUUGUCAAUGGAAAUCCAGAAUGUCAUACUAGAGCAGUUAUUUUACCAUGGGCACCUGGUUUAACUGUUGAAAAUAUGGUGAUGAGAAAUUUCAAUGGUCAAAAUUGCACAGCUAUUCAUGGGACUGUAAUUACAUGUCUCUGCAGUUUACAUUGCGGUGGUUAUGAAUAUCUAUUUAAAGAUAUAAAAUGGGAGGAUACUAAUAAUAGAGCUGAAUUUCGAUGGCAUGGCGAUUUCAGUCUUCGUGAUGUAGACGGAUCAUUGACAGAUGGUAUUCCUAAUGUUCCAAAACUUCCUGGGUCUUUAGUGGUUGGUAAAGCAAACCACUUACCUGCUGACAAAUGUGGUCCAAGUGCUCCAGGAGCUGGUGACCUUGGAAGUGCUUUUGGUCAAGGCGCAGUUCCCGGUGUUCGUUGCCUGCCUGAUGUUACAGCAUUAAGAUAUGCUGUUGAUCAAACAAAUCCAGGAAUACUUAUGGGCAGUAAUAUGACUGUAACACUACUUGACGGUGGCACAGAAGAAGUACCCUUCAAAACUCAAGCGCUUACGGAUAAACAAGGGUGGAUGACCACAUUGGUAAAUAACAGAACUUAUAUUGUCAGCUGGGAAGCAAAAUCAUCAUUUACCAAUCUUAGUUAUAUUGGUUAUCUGGAAAAUUUCAGGCAAUCUGACUAUGUGAUCAUUCGUCAUAUGGGAAUGGAUAUUAAACCAGACCGGGUUCAAGUUCUAUCUGGUCAAACACCUAAACCGCCAAUUAGUGAAUCUUUAAAUCCACUGAUACAUAAUAAUGGUGAAGUGUUUUAUAAUGAAACGGGGAAAUAUAUUGAAUAUUUGGUGAAAGCUCCAGUCAAUCCAUCAUCAUUCAAUAGCUAUCGUUUAUGGGUAUGGUUUUACAAAUGUUUUUUCACUGAUUGCAUUGUUCCAAGUUCAAGUUCUGUCAGUGUAUUGGAUUCAUCUCGACCAGCCGAUGCAUUAUAUUGGUCAAAGAAUAACACAUGGACAGAUGUGCUUGGACCUCAACCAGUCAAUGGAAGCUCGCUUGUCAUUCCUAAAGGAAAAUGGUUGGUACUUGACAAAUCGAUUAAUAUAAGACUGAGUAAUAUUACAAUUUAUGGAACAUUUGAAGUUGAUUCCGGAACUAGUCAAGAUCAACGAGUUUAUAAAUUAGCAUUUAAACAAAUGUUAAUUGUUGGCGGUCAAUUUUUAGCUGGACCACUUCUUGAAAAACCAUUGACAAAUGCAACACUUGAAUUAACUUUACUUGGUUCUAUAUCAGAUGAAUUUAUCAAUUUAGAUGGACCAGUAAUUGGACCGAAAUCAAUUGGUGUUUAUGGAGCAAUGAGUAUGCAUGCUGUACCUAAAACUAUUAGAUGGACUACGCUUAAAUUAAAAGCUAAUGCCGGAGAUAAUCAAUUAUAUCUUACGGAUCCAGUGACAGAUUGGUUACCAGGUGAUCGGAUAGUUAUUGCUACAACAAGUAUGAAUUAUAAACAGUCAGAAGUCGGUGAAAUUGCUUCUGUUUCGUCAGAUCGUACAGUCAUCACACUUGUAGACAAGUUAACAUAUACACAUGUUGCAUACAAUCAAACCUACGGUAAUCACAAAUUUAUAUUAGGUGCAGAAGUUGGUUUAAUCAAAUCAAAUAUUAUUAUAAAAGGGGAUGAUCAAAGCGUCAAAACAAAUUUUGGUGGGAGAAUCCUAGUUUCACAAACUUUAUACGAUAGUGGAAUUUUAUAUGGGCAAUUGAAAUUAUCAGGUGUGCAUUUCUAUCAAAUGGGUCAAAAAGAUUUUAGUACAGUGACAGAUGCACGUUUUCCUGUGGCAUUUAUUAGUGCUGGUGAUAUGAAUAAUGUAUCCUAUAUUAAAUCAUGUAUAUUCGAGUAUUCAUUAUCUACAGCUUUAGGAGGAUUUGCAACUACUGGAUUGCUUGUGGAAAAUAAUAUCUUUUAUCAAACAUUUGGUUCUGCAAUAUGGUUAACCGAUGGAAAUCAUAAAUUAUUACAUAAUCUUCUCAUGGAAACAAUUUGGUCUGGACAGUCAACAGCUGAUAAUGAAAAUCUUGGUAUUUUGUUUGAAGCUGCAUUAGAUAUUAAAGAAGCGAGUGAUUUAAUUCUACAAGAGAAUUCAAUUGCAGGUGCUGAACGUCUUUGUGUUUACACUCAAGGUAAUCCAUGUGACGGAAGUUCUACAGCAAUAUGGGAGAAGAAUAUCAUACAUUCAUGUUUAAUUGGAAUUAUGCAAUUGAAUACUCAGUACACAUGCACUAUCAUUUCUAAUGCUCAAAUAUAUUCAGUUAGCCAAUUUCCAGUGUAUUGGAGGACAGCUUCUGCUAUACAAGCUAAUAAUUUGCAAUUAGUUGAUAAUGCUGGAGGUAUUAUUUUGUGUAAUGUCAGAUUUGAUAAAUGCAAUGAUAUGGAAUGUGAUGGAUUGAAAAAAGUUCUUGUUAUUGAUAAAGAUGGUGGAUUAUUUGGUCAACCUAGUGUUAUAGUACCGCAGUCUGAAUGGCAGUAUAAUUUAAAUCCUAAAUAUGGUGUUAGUGACAGUCGUAUACCGUCAAGAAUGUUGACUAAAGCUGAUGGAACGUCGAUUAAUCCUGCAAUACAAUGGCCUAACAAAGGUAUAAUUCGUGAUAGUUCUUGUAUUUAUACGCCUAAAAUGCAAGCAUAUAAAUGUAGCAAUGCGUUAGAUCAUAAAAUAUUAUUGAUUGAAUCAAUGGAUCCAGAUGCAUUGGAGCGUAGACUUUCACCGAUUGCAUUUGCCACUGAUGGUUUAUCUUCAAAUUACAUAGAUUUAAUCAAUGGUCCAAGUGAUCAUGGUGUAUGUUCAAGUUAUGCAUGUUUAAAACGAAUGAGUACAUUUAUGGCGGUUGUUGCACGUCAAAAAAAUUUUGUCUUGUAUAUGACUAGUACACCACCGCAAGAAUUACGUCUACGUUUACCACAAGCUGAACCUGAUUAUGCUGUACGUCUUGGCAUUGAUUAUUUCACUGCUGGUCGACUUGAUAUUUAUGUGAAUGGAGUAUAUGUGAAAGCAAAAAAUGCUGUAACAAAUAAUUUGGGUCAAACUGUACUACAAGAACCUAAAACAUUGGAUGAAUUUAUGCCAAAUGUAUUGACUGAUCCAGUUGGUACAAAUUAUUUCGAUGAUUCAUCUCAAAUGUUAUAUGUUAUUAUAAAAGGUGAAGAUAUUAUCACAGUUAAAUUAUCUCAGUUAGUAAAAGUAUCAUUUGGUUUACCUGCAAUGACUAUUGAUCAAUUUUAUGGAUCAGAAGUUGUCAACAAUUUGGCUAACUAUUUAGGAAUACCAGCGAAGAAUAUACGCAUAGUCAAGGUGGUAUCUGAGUCCAGUGCAGCUUCAGGACGUCGGCGACGUCGGUCUGUAUCUGGUGUAUUUGUGGAAUUAGAAAUAUCAACACCACCUAGUCAAAAUUUAUCUUCAGCAGAUACACCGAACGUCACCUCUGGCAUGACAAAAGUUGAGGAAAUAUCUUCCAACGUUGUAACAUUAGUACAAACAGGAUUAUUGGAAACAGUUAUAAAUGCAACAGUUGUCAAUGUAGCAGUUCAAAAACCUACUCCGUUACCUGGUACUGAAUUAUGGGCUGCUCAAGCAACAGAUCCAACAAAUGUACAAGCAAAUCCCGAAGUUAUUCAAAUACCAGUAAAGAGUCAAGUCAAAAUUCUUGUACCUACAGGAUAUACUUCAGUUGUUGAAGGAGUUCCGUUCAUGGCAGAGAUCAGCACCUUAGACUCUUCGGGAAAUAUUGUCAAACCAUUAGGUUCAAACUCAAGUAUUUGGUCAUAUGAAAUAUUACAGCCGAAUGCAGUGUCACCAGUGAAAGUGUCAAAAACAAAUUUCCCAGAUCCUGCAACAGGCAAAGCACUAGUUUCCAAUCUGAUCUUUUCGGAACCUGGUCAAGCUGAUCUCUUUGUUUCGGUAACCUCACCGAAUGAAUCGACUAGAUUGAAUACAUCUGUAAGUUUUCCUGUUACAAGCAGACAGUUACGUUUACGUAUUCGUCCAGUCACAUCUAAUUCCGAUGAUUCACCUAUCAAAUCAUCUGUUAAUCAAAGUAUUUCCCUUCUGAUGAAUAUUAUCGACAAACAAACUGGUGUUCCACUGGAAAAGAUUAAUUGGCGAAAUUUAAUAUGGAAAUUCACUGGUGAUAUUUGCACAAAUAGUAGAAAACCAAAAACUACUCCAACAAAUUCUUCAGCUUCAUUAGUCUAUGAUUCAACAAAAACAAGUAAUAAUUUCACUUGGACCAUUAACGGAUUUCAAACCUCUUGGGUAUACACUUAUUGUAUUAGUGCUAAUGCCUAUUCAAAUGACAGUACAACAAAACAAUCACAAUAUGAUUUGCCUUUAACAAAAAUUCGAAUUCAAGUUAAUCCAGAAAAUUAUACUGAACCAGUUAGAAAUGUCAGAAAACCAUUUCGAUUCAAAGUGACUGGUAAUUAUGCAACUAUGUUACAACAUGUUGACGAAUUUAAAGCUGCUUUAGAAUCAGAACUAUUGACACGUUAUCCUAAUGUAGUAUUUGAAAAUAUUACUUUUAGUCAAGGCAGUAUAACUGUGGAUUUGGUUGCAGCAUCUGAUACACUAACUACAAUCCAAAAUGCAUUGACUAAUUUCGCAUCCACUUUAAAUGAUGGAAGUGUAACAUUUUCUGUAGGGGGUGUUGAUUAUACAGCAUCAAGUGAAAAUAAGAAUGCUGGUUGUAGACCGACUGGUUUUCUAACACCACUUAUAACAGGAUUGUUUAGUUUGCUGACUUAUCAAUUAUUACUCAAAAUCUAUUUAUUUUGA